UCUUUUUGGAAUUACAUAAAACAUGACCACGUUACGUGUUACAUACUGUAAAAUACUGUUCCUUUAAGAGGGCCCCCACCCCUUCUUCCCUCCCGUUUGCUUUGUCCAUCACAGGUUCUCCGGGUACUCGAGCUGUGCUCAGUUCACUUCAGCACCGGCAGCCAUGGCCGAGAUCAAAACGGGCGUCUUUGCAAAAAAUGUCCAGAAAAGGAUCAGCAGAGCGCAGGAAAAGGUGCUUCAGAAGUUGGGGAAAGCUGAUGAAACAAAAGAUGAGCAGUUUGAGCAGUUUAUCCAGAACUUCAAGAAACAGGAGGCAGAGGGGACGAGGCUCCAGAGAGAACUACGGGGAUAUUUAGCUGCUGUCAAAGCGAUGCAGGAAGCCUCCAUGAAGUUAACAGAGUCUCUACAUGAAGUCUAUGAACCCGAGUGGUAUGGCGCAGAUGACAUUAUGGUCAUUGGGAAGAGCUGUGAUGCUCUAUGGGAAGACUUUCAUCAGAGGCUGGUGGAUGGGGCCCUUAUAACCUUGGACACUUACCUGGGACAGUUUCCUGAUAUUAAAUCUCGCAUUGCAAAGCGUAGCAGAAAGCUGGUGGACUAUGACAGUGCCAGACAUCACUUAGAGUCCCUACAGAACUCCAAAAGAAAAGACGAUGGCAAGAUCACUAAGGCAGAAGAAGAAUUCAACAAAGCACAGAAAGUAUUUGAAGAACUAAAUGUAGACUUGCAAGAAGAGCUCCCGUCUUUGUGGGACAGUCGAGUUGGUUUCUACGUGAACACGUUCAAGAAUGUAACAAACCUGGAGUCAAAGUUUCAUAAAGAAAUUUCAGUUCUGUGUCACAAACUGUAUGAGGUGAUGACCAAGCUGGGGGAGCAACAUGCUGACAAGGCCUUUACUAUCCAAGGAGCACCAAGUGAUAGUGGUCCACUGCGGCUUGCCAAGACACCCUCACCCCCAGAUGAACCUUCACCACCUGGCAGUCCUGAAGCCAGCCCCAAUCACAUGCUGGCACCCACCUCACCAGCACCAGCUCGUCCAAAGUCUCCAACGCAGCUAAGAAAGGGUCCUCCUGUCCCACCCCCUCCAAAACUCACCCCUACGAAAGAACUGCAUCAGGAACAAAUCCUCAACUUGUUUGAGGACAACUUUGUCCCAGAAAUCAAUGUCACCACACCCUCACAUAAUGAAGGACCAUGGGCUGUGAAAGAGGAGUCUUUACUGGAUCUGGAUUUCGACCCCUUUAAACCAGAUGCAACAACACCGAUAGGGAAGACUCAGUCCCCCAGUUCUCAGGCAUUACCAUGGGAUUUGUGGACGGCAAGCGCAGGGCCAGCACAGCCAGUGUCUGACAAUGCUUUUAAUGGAUUCUCUCAGCUGGAUGCGGGCACCUCCGUGUUUACCUCAGAUUCCAACCAGAGUGUGUUCGGUACAAUGCCUGAUGCAGAAGUUUCUCCUGUUGUGGAUUCUGAGCCAGCCCAGGAAACUCUGCCAGCUGAGACUCAGCAGGCAACACAGAAGGCCGUGGACAAUGUUGAGGUGGAAGUGAAAGAGCCUGUAGUAAGCGCUGAGGCAGGGAGCACUGAGGGUUCAAUAGCUCAUUACCUUCAUAAGGCUACAACAGUGGAUGUGGAAAGUGAAUCACCCCCAGCAAAAGCUCUGGCAUCGGCAGAGGAUGUAGAAAACGAACCCCCCACAACACAGUCUCCGGCUUCAGCAGUGGAUGUGGAAACUGAGUCCCCAACUGCACAGGCUCUGAACUGCAUAGCAAAUGAUAGAACACAUAAGAAUGUAGAGCCUGAAGAUGAAAAUAAAGAGGUUACUGAAGACACUGAGAAUAAGCAGUCCCAGGAAAUGAUGACUAUACCAUCAGUGGUCAUUGAACCAGCAUCAAACAAUGAAUGGGAUGAUGAGGAACUACAGGCUGAAGAUGUCAGAGAACCAGAGGUACUGCCUGAGCCUGACAGCAAAGUCAGUGACAAUGGGGAAAUGCCAGCAGCAAUACCAGCAGCAGCAGCAGCUCAGGAGAGUCUGCCACUUACAGAACCAGCAGUGGAGACUAAACCUGAAGCUGCUACAACACAAAACCUGCCUCCUGGGUAUCUCUACAAGGCUGAAGCACUACAUGAUUUUGAAGCUGCAAGUUCAGAUGAACUUGAUUUGAAGAAAGGCGAUCUUGUCUUAGUCAUUCCUACUGCACUAGUGGAAGAUCAGGAAGCUGGCUGGCUAACUGGAAUUGUAGAAAAUGACUGGCUGCAGUAUCAUGAUAUCACCCAUAAGGGACUGUUUCCAGAAAACUUCACUCAACGCAUUGAAUAGAGAGCUGAGAAAGCAGACGGUUUAACCAGCUGAUUGAUUUCUGGGCUAAAUGCAGCAAAAAAACAUGGUUCUCAGUAUUCUGGUGAUUCCAUUAGCAAAUAGCUGAAUGGAAGUUUUUAAAAUGAUUUUAACAAUGUGAAAAAACGGGAGCAUAAAGCAAGAAUAUGGUCUCCCUUCUUCUGAAACCAAUAAAUAAAGAUGUUCUUGUUUGUUUACCUGUAAGCAGCAACAGAUUUAUUUGUGCUUUGUUGGGAGCUAUGGUGAUCCCACAUGUAACCCCUUCCUCUGAAAAAAAGAAAAAAGCUAAUUCCUGUUAAGACAAUGCCCUUAUCUCCUCUGCACUGUAUUGUAUGAAUGUGUUGCUCUGCAGCAGAUUUUUGGUAACCUGUAGUGAUAUAAUAAUCUAUAUAACAGUUCAAAGUGUUACACAUUUGCUGAGAAUUUUUUCAAUGUUGAAUCUGUCACAAACGUUACCCUUGCAUCAUAGGAUUGUUUUCUCUGUUUCAUUUCUGAGUGCGUUGCUAUGGUGAUGUUAGGCAUUUCAGUGUUCAUAAACAAAACUUGCUCCACCUUUGCCAAAAAAAACAAAAAACAACAAAACAAUAUAGGGUGUAUUGUGUAUGUCCAGUGUUAAAUAUCUAUAAUGUUUUACAAGAGACCCUUUCACAGAUGAAGAAUAUAUACUGCAGAGUGUUGUUAACACAUCCUCCAAAUAUAUGCUUCAUAAUGAUAAACUCCUAUUAUGAUAACAAAAGUCAAAAUUGAACUACAAAGUAAGAACAUGCUGUAAAAUCAUAUACAGAUUAUUUAUUUGUGUAUAACAUUUUAUGUUAUCAUUAACGUUAUUUUCCAUUUUAUUUUAUUUUUUAAUUUAAAGCUAAUGGGGGAAGGGUGGUCAGUAAUGCAAUACAUGUAACUGUUAAUAUAGCUCCCAUAGUCGUAGCUGUUCGAUAAUAGCUCAAUUAACAUUCUAGUGUGCUAACCGUCAACCUUCACAGUAGAACCCAUUGUGAUGUACAUGCUUAUGUUUCUUAAUUUAAUGUGAAUAAAAAAUAGUUCACAAAGAUAUAACUCACACUGACCCCAUUUCUUAUGCAAAUAGCACAUCAUGUGUUAUAAGAGCUGCAUCACCUCUGGUGCAAGUUCAUUACUAUCGGAAUGGCAUGGACAACAGAUCUGACAUAUAGCUACCUAUCAGACUGGAAAUUACUGACCAGUGUCAAAAAUAACUCAAUGGCAAACUUCCAACACCUGUCUUUUUAAUGUAUUGGCGCGUGAUCAUGGAUUAAUGGCCCUGUAUCCCUCCCGAAUGGCCUACCCUGAGCCGAGUGUUACAUCACUUAUUUCUAGUUUUGGUCCAACUACUGAAUUUGGUUUUCUUACAAGUUGUAGCAGUAUGCAGCAGUGCCACCUUCUGGUCAAUUAUGUGAUUGCUGUUUGGGUAUUUGGAAUCACAACUUGUAAGUAAAUAUGAAAACAUGUGUGCUGCACUUUGGUAAGAAACUCUUUUAUCCCUCUUGGCAAUGUUACAACAUUGGAACUAGAGUCAACUAGAAUAGUCAUUGUUAACAUAUCGCUAUUAAGUGCAGUGUGUAUGGUGUUGCCUGCCACAGGUAAAGAUAGGUGAAACUAAUUCGCAAAGCAAAUACAUUCCGUAAAUUUUAUAACUCUGACUCUUAAUUUAAACAACUAUACAUAGUGUAUUAUUACUGUAAUUUUAAAGCAACCAUUAUGUUAAAUGUUACGCAGUAAAGUCAGGAUGUUAUGGCUCUACAGCCUAUAUUAUUGAUUGUAUUUUAUUGUUUCAGAUUCAGGGCUGCAGAGAAGAGAAUCUGCAACACCCCCUAGCCGGUAUACAGUUGUAUACAUUAAAACUUUAGAAUCUGUGCUUGAAGAGAACAUUUUAAAUAUACGAUCUAAAACAGCUGGGGCUUCAGCUAUAUUUAUUAUGUACAUUAUCAUGUUUUGCAAGUCCCUGUUCUUUAUGCCAUUGCACCCUAAUUCUACUACUGCUCACGGGGAAAAAUAAGUUAUCAUAUCUGUGUUGUAUUUGCAAAAUCAUGAGUAGAUAUGGGGCGCCAUGUGUAAAACAAACAAACAAACAAAAAACACGCAUUAACAUUUUAUGACCUUUUUUCCCCCACUU